AUGGACUGCCUGGUGUGCGGGGACAAGGCCAGCGGGAAGCACUACGGGCAGUUCACCUGUGAGGGCUGCAAGAGCUUCUUCAAGCGCUCCGUGCGCCGCAACCUGAGCUACACCUGCCGGGCCAGCCGGCAGUGCCCCGUCGACCAGCACCACCGCAACCAGUGCCAGCACUGCCGCCUCACCAAGUGCCUCAAGGUCGGCAUGCGCCGCGAAGCUGUCCAGCGGGGCCGCCUGGCGCACGCUCAGCCCGGCCCCGGCCAGUACCCCUUGGCCAACGGAGACCCCUAUGGCUGCCCCUCCUACCUGACCGGCUUCAUCUCGCUGCUGCUGCGGGCGGAGCCCUACCCGGCCUCGCGCUACGGGCCCCAGUGCCUCCAGGCGGGGAACAUCAUGGGCAUCGAGAGCAUCUGUGAGAUGGCGGCCCGCCUGCUCUUCAGCGCCAUCGAGUGGGCCAAGAACAUCCCCUUCUUCCCGGACUUCCAGCUGGCCGACCAGGUCUGCCUCCUGCGCAUGACGUGGAGCGAGCUCUUCGUCCUCAACGCCGCCCAGUGCGCCAUGCCCCUCCACGUGGCACCCCUCCUGGCCGCCGCCGGCCUCCACGCCUCGCCCAUGUCCGCCGAGCGCGUGGUGGCUUUCAUGGACCACAUCCGCGUCUUCCAGGAGCAGGUGGAGAAGCUGAAGGCGCUGCACGUGGACGCGGCGGAGUACGCCUGCCUCAAGGCCCUGGCGCUCUUCACCCCGGAUGCAGUGGGACUCACGGACUGGUGCCAUGUGGAGAGCGUGCAGGAGAAGUCGCAGUGCGCCCUGGAGGAGUACGUUCGGAACCAGUACCCCAACCAGCCCAGCCGUUUUGGACGCCUCCUGCUGCGCAUGCCUUCCCUGCGCAUCGUCUCCGCCCCGGUGAUCGAGCAGCUGUUCUUCGUCCGCCUGGUGGGCAAGACCCCCAUCGAGACGCUGAUUCGGGACAUGCUCUUGUCCGGCUCCAGCUUCAGCUGGCCGUACAUCCCCAUGCAGUGA